ACAACAAGAUGGCGGCGGCGGCGGGUCCGGCGGGCGCUGAGAGUCGCGUGUUGGGCUACAGCCUGCACCGCUGGAGCAGCUUCUCCUCCACCUACCUGCCCGAGAAUAUCUUGGUGGAUAGACCAAAUGAUCAGUCCUCAAGAUGGUCUUCAGAAAGCAAUUAUCCUCCCCAGUAUUUGAUUUUGAAGCUUGAAAGACCUGCCAUAGUCCAGAGCAUCACAUUUGGCAAAUAUGAGAAAACACAUGUCUGCAAUUUAAAGAAGUUUAAAGUCUUUGGUGGGAUGAACGAGGAGAAUAUGACAGAUCUCUUAUCCAGUGGCUUAAAGAAUGAUUAUAACAAAGAAACAUUCACCUUGAAGCAUAAAAUUGAUGAACAGAUGUUCCCCUGUCGAUUCAUUAAGAUAGUUCCACUCUUAUCGUGGGGACCUAGCUUCAAUUUUAGUAUCUGGUAUGUUGAACUAAAUGGCAUUGAUGAUCCAGAUGUGGUCCAGCCGUGCCUCAACUGGUACAGCAAGUACCGUGAACAGGAAGCCAUUCGCCUUUGCCUAAAGCACUUUCGGCAGCACAACUACACCGAGGCUUUCGAGUCGCUGCAGAAGAAAACCAAGAUUGCUCUGGAGCACCCCAUGCUGACAGACCUGCACGACAAACUGGUGUUGAAGGGGGACUUCGAUGCUUGUGAAGAACUGAUAGAAAAAGCUGUGAAUGAUGGCUUGUUCAAUCAGUAUAUCAGUCAGCAAGAGUACAAACCUCGCUGGGGGCAGAUUAUCCCCAAAAGCACCAAAGGUGAUGGGGAAGACAGUCGGCCAGGGAUGAGAGGUGGCCAUCAGAUGGUGAUAGAUGUGCAGACAGAAACUGUUUAUUUGUUUGGUGGCUGGGAUGGAACUCAAGAUCUGGCUGACUUCUGGGCAUACAGUGUGAAGGAAAACCAGUGGACCUGUAUAUCCAGGGAUACUGAGAAAGAGAGCGGUCCCAGUGCCAGGUCCUGUCACAAGAUGUGCAUUGACAUCCAGAGAAGGCAGAUCUACACCCUGGGGAGGUACCUGGAUUCCUCUGUGAGGAACAGCAAGUCCCUGAAAAGUGACUUUUACCGCUACGACAUCGACACCAACACCUGGAUGCUGCUGAGCGAGGACACUGCAGCAGAUGGAGGCCCCAAGCUGGUGUUUGAUCAUCAGAUGUGCAUGGAUUCUGAAAAACACAUGAUCUACACCUUUGGGGGCCGAAUCCUGACCUGCAAUGGCAGUGUGGACGACAGCAGAGCCAGUGAGCCCCAGUUCAGUGGCUUGUUUGCUUUUGACUGCCAGUGCCAGACGUGGAAACUUCUGAGGGAGGACUCCUGCAACGCCGGACCCGAGGAUAUCCAGUCCCGGAUAGGACACUGCAUGUUGUUCCAUUCUAAAAAUCGCUGCUUGUAUGUGUUUGGUGGCCAGAGAUCAAAGACUUACUUGAACGACUUCUUCAGUUACGAUGUGGACAGUGACCACGUGGACAUUAUCUCAGAUGGCACAAAGAAAGAUUCAGGGAUGGUUCCAAUGACAGGUUUCACUCAAAGGGCCACCAUUGAUCCUGAACUGAAUGAAAUCCACGUCUUGUCAGGGCUCAGUAAAGACAAGGAGAAGCGGGAAGAGAACGUGAGGAAUUCCUUUUGGAUUUAUGACAUUGUGAGGAACAGCUGGUCUUGUGUCUAUAAGAAUGACCAAGCAGCAAAAGAGAAUCCAGGUAAAAGCCUUCAGGAAGAGGAGCCCUGCCCAAGGUUUGCCCAUCAGCUGGUGUAUGAUGAGCUGCACAAGGUUCAUUACUUAUUUGGAGGGAAUCCUGGUAAAUCCUGCUCUCCAAAGAUGAGAUUAGAUGAUUUCUGGUCUCUGAAGCUCUGUCGACCUUCAAAGGAAUACCUGCUAAGACACUGCAAAUACCUCAUCAGAAAGCACAGGUUUGAGGAGAAGGCUCAGACUGACCCUCUCAGUGCACUGAAGUACCUGCAGAAUGAUUUAUAUGUAACUGUGGAUCACUCGGACCCUGAGGAGACAAAGGAGUUUCAGCUUCUUGCCUCAGCAUUAUUUAAGUCUGGCUCGGAUUUCACGACUCUCGGAUUUUCAGACGUUGACCACACGUAUGCCCAGAGAACUCAGCUGUUUGACACGUUAGUCAACUUCUUCCCAGACAACAUGACCCCUCCUAAAGGCAACCUGGUGGACCUCAUCACGCUGUAACGGAGCAAUCACUGGACACAUGGAAGAGGGGAAAAGCAUCCAUUUUCAGUAUUUUAAUUUUUUUACUGCAUUGAUUGACUGCUGGGAUGAAGUUAAUAUAGUAACCCCUAGGUGUUUGAAAGGGGUUUUAUACUUGUAUGGUGAAUCCCUGGAGCUUUUCCCUUGGAGUAGGUUAAUAAAAUGUAACUGACGUACUUCUGACUAAAUAUAUAUAUUUUUUCUGACUUUGGAUUUUGAGUUAGCAAAUGUAAGAUGAAAAGGUGGGGGGAAAAAAGAAAAAGAAAUAAAACCCAGUCAUGCAGUGAUCUUUUUGCCUAUGGGGGAAAAUUUGAGAUAUGUGAGUUGUCUGGGAUUAAAGAUGAUGGGUUUUAUUUUGUGUUUCCUGAGGAAGAGGGGGAAGAGGUUUUUCUUUCCUCAUUUGUAACUAGUCAUGAUGUGUUGCUUUAUCCCACAACUCCAUCCUCAGCAGCUGAAUAACCUGGUGGCAGGACACUGGCAGGUGUUGAGAGGAUGUAAUUUAUGUCCUGAGUCUUGCACUCACGGUGUGUUGCGGGAAGGCGAGCGUGUGUUCCGAACCGUCUGUCUCCCCUUCCAGAGCUGUGUGACAGUCAUGUCUAAUUGCUUCUGAGACUCCACCUAAACUGACAACCCACAUCCCUGUCUCCUGUUCUCUGGGGCCUUCCACUUAAGCCUGGCAGGCAAGAGGGAACCUGAGAUACAGCUGGAAAACAGGAGUGCGGUCACUGCCCACAUGGGCCCCUUUUCAGGGAUUGAUCUCUUUGCUGCUGUGCUCAUCCACUGAGAAACCCUGUGGGUCCUCAGCGAGCCUGGCAGAACUGGGUCUUCCAUCACACACAUCCCCAACCUCUGCAAACCUGCCCCCAGGUUGGGUGUAGGAUUUCUGAAGCAGAUUGUCUUCAUUUCCACGUGAAGCGUUUCUGUGUGCGUUUGUCCGUGUGUACGUGUACAGGGCGUUGCUCCCAACAGCUUGUCUCCUUCCCAUGUAAGUGCAACUCCCUUGUCAAAGCAUUUUAGACCUAGAUCUGAAUGUGAGGGAGGCCUUCUUAGCAUAAAUCUCUGAAAAUGAGCUGAUGCAUAUGUAUAGAAAAUGUAUUCUUCCUUUUGCUGAAAGCCUUCUUUAUAAACACUGUAAGGGCUUGGUGCUGCACUGUGAGGUUGAAUGAAGGACAUGCAUACCCAGCGUUAGAAACUCUGCAUUCAGUGUCUGUGAGCAUUCAGUACACACUGGCAGAUGUAAAUAUUUAUAUGAAACUGCAAAACUUUCUGUCCAGCAGUGUUCAUGCCAGUCAGGUAUCGUUGCUGCACCCGCUGUGGCUCCUGUUGAACUUGGUGGAAGUCCUGUGUGUGCAAAGAUGAUUUGGACUCUUGAAAUAAAGAGUUAGUCAAGUGUCUUUUUCAGAGCUCGAGUGUCUGCUUGCUUUGAUUGUAUUGCCUCUUUAUCAUGUUCUUUGUGUAACUUUUGUAGUCCUGGUGCAUUAGAAAUAAAUUUCAAAACCUCAUACUAGUGUUUAAUCACUUAGAAAGGAACAGUAUGUCAGAGGCCAGGCUUGUCUUCAGGGAGGACUGUACAAAUGAAGUGUUUUUAACCUGUCACUUGAGACUGUUCAGACACUGUGCACUUCAGUGGAUGGCAAAUCAGAUGUCUGCAGAAGAAUUCACUCUGUGUGGGGAAUGAAAUCUGAUGAAAUUGUUUCUUUGGAACAUGGCAGGUUUUUUUCCUAUUGACACAGAAAGUUUUACAUCACUGCUGGGCUUUGUGGUGUGCUACCUGUGCUGAGGCUUUGUUAAGUAAUGCAGAGUUUAUACAGUACAAAUGUAGAUACUGGGGGAAUGAUCCAGCUGAGCUGUUGCUUCCAUUGAGGUCAAAAUGAGCACUUUUACUGCAACCAGCCAAAAUUCUGCAACCUUUUAGUACUUAAAUUUACUGCUGCUGUGCUCCUUUACCACUUGAUCUCAUUGCUUGUGUAUGCUCAGCCUCAGUCAGAUGAUUAAAUACUCUUUGUGACAGUUCUCUAAUUAACCAAGCUCUUCAUAAACUGUUGUGUGUCCACCUUGGAUGGCUGAAAGAACCCAAAAGAUACACCUUGAGAAGCCCUGGUGAACAGGCAGGGGAAGUUCAGGAGCAGCCAGAGAGCUGUGAAUGGCAUUGCUGGUGAGCAGUGCAUCGUGUCAGGUCGGAUUUGUGUGACAGGAAUUCGAUCCAAACUCAUUGUCCUCUGCGCCGGGGUGCGCGCGGAGCCCGGCAGCCUCGGCUCCGUGUUCUGUAGCACGGUGCAAAUCAAUGAUUUGUUUGAGCCAGGGGAACGUGGCUUCUGCAGGACUGACAGUCCCAGCUAACGAGAGCACUUCAGGAUGAUCAAAUAUUGACCUGCCUUUGUCCCGAGCAGAUCGAUGCCGCUCGCACCGGCGCAGUUCAUGGAUUGCAGCUGCUGAUUAACCAGCAGAAACCUCGCUCAGCUCCGCAGUAUUUGUUGAGCAGCAGAGGCACCGUGUGGCCAGAGAGGUUAAUCCAAAGGGAAGGCUUCUUGUGGUUUUGCCAAGGAUCUUCCCUUCUUUUUGUCCUUAAAGCCAGGAGUCAAAUGAUCUCUUUGCAUUGAUGUAUGCUAUGUUACCUGCUUUAAAUUCUAACCAAAAAUUCUGAGCAGUGAAGUAUAAAUUUCCUUUUAAAAUCAGCCACUUGUUGUCAGGCAGUGACACAAGCAGUCUGAAUUUCAUUGCAUGCUGAUCUUUAAAGACACUGAUGAUAUUCCAGGAAAGCAUCUGAUGUGCUCAUUACAGAAAGCCCAAAAUACAAACAGUAAAGAAACCCACUGGAUCAGGAAACAGCCACCUGAAAACAUUUCACAGCCCAGUGCAUGCGAGGUUAUAAAUACCCGAGCUGUGCGUGAGAAGUCUUUGAACCUCACCAUCAUUGCUUGCAGGCUGUGUCUGAGGCUGCUCCUUAGCUUAGACAAGACAAACAUACUCUAUUUGCCUUUACUUUAGAUUAUAAGGUGACUUUGUGUAUGAACUUGACACCACAUAAUCUUUGCACUACAGUGAGUAGUUCUAUCUGUAAAUUCUGUGUUAACUUGUAAAUAAGGUAUUGCGAAGGAAAAUGUCGUUCCUUGUCAGAGAGGGACUCAUUCUUCAUGUUUUGGGUCUUUAAAGCCAAAGUUACAAGGUUCUGGUAUGUCUUUUAAACCUAGAGGAAGUCAGGGUGGGGUACAGACAUCCAGACUUCACUCUUGAUUUAGCUUUUUAAAAAUAUCCUGUGAAAUCCCUAUGUUUGGUUCUUCACUGACUCUGACCCUUAGAAUAACCUUGAGUGAAUCAUCUCCUUGGAAAACAAGAAAUUAUUCUUUAUGUUUUUCCUAUCAAGUGAUGCAUUUUCUUAGAGAAAUAGAACCCUUCAGAAUUAAUUUUUUGGUCACUUGGAUUAGGUAGAAUUAAGUGAGUUUGUUAAUGUUCCUCUUACACAACCCCUCAUAGUAGGCAUGAAGUGGAACUUGUUAAGAGUUCUCCCAAAAUUACUUCUCCAAGCAUGUUCUGCUCUUGCAGUGUGAUCCAAAAUGUUGUCAUGUGGCAGAAGGACUUUGUUACAUGUUGUUAAAUGAGAUUAUAACCAUUUUAGCCACCUUUUUGCCUCUUUUGAGGAUCCCAUUAGUUAGUAUUGGUCCUGGGAAGGCCUGAAGGGUGAUGCAAAACAUUCAUUUAAAUUAAUUGUAGUUGUUAUCUUCUGACUCUUUAUAUUUGUGAUAUGUUUAUUCUUAUAAUCUCUUCCUUUUCCUGAGCAUAAUGAGGAAGGAGAACUUUGUCUUGGGUAAGUUCAGUUUGCCCUUUCCCUGGGUGGCAUCUUGCAUGGGUAGUUAAGGUAGUUGUACCCAGUUGUGUAAAUAAACCUCUGGAAUUUGGUUUUUGUUUGCCUGGGCACCUGGCUCUGGGUGUACAUGCUGGCUCAGGGAUCAUGCUGGAGCUUCCUACCAGAACUUCAGUUAGCAAAGUCUUAUUGUGGAAAACCAGUCUGGGAACACCCAGUUGGAAAAGCUUUUCUAAGG